AUGCAAAGGGAAAUUGAAGAGGCCGAGCAAGCAGAGGAAAACGAUUUUGUAAGGCAAGCUGGAUAUCCAGACCUAGCCGGUGAAUUUGAAAAUACCUACGGUGCACGAACUGAGCCGGCAAUUUGGGGUCCAGGCGUGUCAAAGAUAGCGGACUACACGUUUCAAAAUGAUAACCCGUAUUUGUUAUGGCUAAGCUACUGCAUGUGACGCAUUGAAGAUAAACUGACUGUAUAUGGCCAGGCGACAGGUAGGCUCAUUGUAUAUGACCUGGUGAUCGGAGGAUCAUACUCUCUCAAACCUGAUCCAGGAUAUCUAACACUUGAAACAACCUCGAUACCAUAAAGAUUUUUACUGGAAACAACCCCAGGCCCACAUCAUUUCAUAGUCUAUUAAAAGCCCAAGCUUAUCUAAUGCCAGCCCAGCCAGCAGAACCCUCUAGCAGCUCCUCCAGUACUCAGGCUGUGGUUAUCAAUAGACCAAUGCCAAUAGACUUAAGGGUUUCCACAUUGCAUCCUGCACUAACAUCCCUGAUUCUUUUUCCAGUAAAAAUGAGGCCAGGGGUGUUCUGAAGAAUGCAAUGUCGCAACCUCUAUUAGACACUGACGGCGCUUUGGCUUUAGCGAAGAGGCUGAUAGAUGAAGGCAAGGAUCUCGAAGCCAUCCAAGUUUUGGAGGUGGAGGUACAACGACAACCGGAUAGCGCUGAAGCCUGGUGUUUGAUGGGCCAGACGUGGGCAUAUCAGGAUCAAUUAAGUCACAUUGUUGCGUCUUGCACUAGUUUUUCUGACCUGUCUAUUUCCAAUAUCAGAGAGCGUCUUGUGUCUUCUCUUCGGAGGGCGCAGGGCACCUCGCAUACUCUAGGUGCUGGUAUGCUAGCCAGUGAUAGACUUCAUGGAAUGAAAUCAGAGAGGUCAAGGAUAGCGUGAAGAAUGCAAUAGCGAAACCACUAAAUCAAGACGAAAGGGCAAUACAAUGUCUUGUCAAGGGCCACGAUGCGGAUCCAUAUAAUCUAGACUCGCUUUCGUCACUGGCUGUCUGUUGUACCAAUGAUGGGUUGCAUCUGGAAGCCUUGCGGUAUCUUCACAAGUGGAUAGAAUCCCACGAGGAGUUUGGAGUGUUGCUGAGGACUAGGGGUAUUCACUUCUUUCCAACAUUGAUUUCUGGCCGUAUGCGUACUUGGCAACGGUUGAUUACUGCCUGUUCUACUAAGGCGCAUAUACAACUGAGGGUGAGGACUAGAAGAGGUAAGGACUUAAGUACUUAAAAGGUGCUUGUGAAGGUGGAGUUAUACAGGAGGAGGCACUUGCUACUUUUGAAGUUAUUUCCACCUCCGUCAAAUCCAAACAGCCGAUUCCGGAGCUUCCGUACUGGACCAGAACGACUUUUCGGACUACGAAAAAUUGCGUGACGAGGUCACAUCGUUGCUUCAGACUGCUGCAGAUGAGGUGUUGGCAAGAGGGCCGACCGAUCCCGUAACACAAGCAGCGCAAGCUAAAGAAGAAGCCAGCCUAUUCGUCGUAUUGGGGGUAGUUCUCAACGUCAAUCGUGCUUUUGGUGCUGCUGUCAAGGCAUUGCGAGCAGGCGUAGAAAGGAGUCCCAUGGAUGCUUCGGUAAUGUUGUUUUGUACUGUUGUUUGUUUCUACGAUAGGACUUUUGGGUCUGUAGUGUACUACCCCCUUGCAGCAUCUCUUUGGGCUAAGCUAUGCGCUACAGCUUAGGAUGACUUUGUUGACACAAGAAUUUUAACGUCAACGUUUUUCCGAGACAUAUAAUAUGUAGAUUUAUAAUAGAUUAAAACCUGCAACACCAACCGCAGCUCUGGAACAAGCUUGGGGCGACUCUAGCUAAUAGUGGCAACCCGGAAGCUGCACUGACCUGCUACUAUCAAGCUUUAGCUUUGAAGCCUAAUUGCGCGAGGUCAUGGUCGAAUUUGGCUGUUGCUCAUGCCAAUCUCGGCAAUCACGAGGACGCGGCAAGAUUCUAUCUUUAUGUCAACAGAUUAUUUGUCUAGAGGUCUACCCAUGGACUAAGAAAGGUAAACUUAGAAGUACUGUGACGACUUUAUGGAAAAGUCGUGCUGAAUCUUUUCUCUAAUCCUUUUCCUCUCUCGUGCUGAAUCCUAAAGCGGAUCAUCUCUGGUCUUUUGUGCACACGACAAUGAUCAACCUCGCAAGCGAUAUAGGAGACCCUACGAAUCAGUCCCUGACUGACGUUUUCAAUGAUCCGACAGGAAGAGCCGGAUUGUUUGGACCGAAUGCGGGAUCUGGUUUAUCGAUUUGGAUUUGUAGUUUCGAAGAUCGCAUUUAUGCGAUAAUUGUCUCUGCGCUCCUUUAUUUUAAAAGAGACCACUUAAAUUUAAGAGAAAUGGUGCAGAUCUUGAUCUUCACUACUUCCGCGUCUUCUAUCUCCUGCAUACACCAACUCAGAAGUUCAACAACAUGGUAGAUCUUCUGCUCCUUCAAAAAAUCCAAUCCAGAUGACCUCCUCUCCCAAGAAACACUGGCUACGCGAUAUUUGAAAGCGGCUUACAUGAGGGACAUGGACGAAUGUCGCAAACUGAUCCCAGACAUCCUGGAGUUAAGGCUUCAAGAAAUCCAUCUUAGCCAGCAUCGAUCUUGGCUCUUAGCCGCUCUUCUUGUGGGAGUGUGAAGGGGGGUGAAGAAAGAUUUUCCUCUCCAACAAGAUGGAUUUCUUCUAGAUCUAAGAGAGAGUGCAGACGCCUUGCCUCCACGAUCGACGGAACUAGAUAGGCCUUUGGGUGAAAUCCUUGCGGAAUUGCCAACGGGUGAUGGGAUCGCGAAGGCGUGAGGAGUUUCCACACAAGAUUGAUGUUCAGACAUGAUCAUCAGACAUGACGACUAGACAUGAUGAUCUACCAGAAGGGAUGACUCCUUCCCUAGGCUAUAUUAUCGUUUCGCAUUUGAUGUUCUUUUUUCGCAUUACUAGAUAUAUGUCAAAGCUAUUGGCCCUGACAAAAACUGUAGAUAAAUACGAUGUAUUGCAACCUCUUUCUUUAAUCUGCAUCUUCCUUUUUCGAUUCUAAAUCAUUCGUCUUUUUUUGUCUUAAGCCUUGGUUUGGACAGUUUUCAUUUUCCAGACUGCACCUCGUGGCGGGAAGAGCCUGCCACUUGGGAAUGAACACCUCACUGCUUGAAGAAGAUUAUUCAUAAUUAGUGCCGUUUGUCUCAGAAGGACGAACUGGUGUCUUCAAGGAACACGAAGGGCACAC